AUGAGCCUCCCAGUUGACAUGACAACCGCUGCAAUUGCGAACCCACAGUUGGAAAUGAAAGAGGAUAAGGAGUUAAUCGAGGCACCCAAGAACAAUGGUUUCAAUAUCAGCGAAAUACUCGACAAUGAGCAAAAAACAAACCAUCAAAGCUCGCCAUCGGCUUCAUCAGAAGAUAGCGGAAACGACGCAGAUCAGCCAACAGUUAACAUUGCAUUUGAUCCUCGGGUUUCAUUCCCAUUUGCGGCUCUACUUCAUCACAAUCUGCUCACUGCGGCAACUCCGAAUCCAUUGCUCGGAGCGAUCCCAAUGAUUCCAUUCAUGGGUUUCCAGCCACAGAAUACUUUGAUGCAUUUCAAAAACAUGAUGCCGCAAGAGUUCGUCACACGAACGGAGGAGUCUCACGAAGACAACAAAGCAAAUGGAAAGCCCGAAGAGCUCAGAGAUUCCACCGGUGGUAGUCCAUUGGAAUCAGAUGUCGACGAUGAUGACGAAACAGCUCGUGGAAGCGAUGAUGAUGCAAAUUCAAGCGAUCCGUCGAUUCAAAGAAAGAAGAAAACUCGAACUGUAUUCAGCCGGUCACAGGUCUCGCAGCUUGAAAUGACGUUUGAGAUGAAGCGCUACUUGAGCAGCCAAGAGCGCUCGCAUCUCGCGCAGAAGCUCAAUCUCACCGAGACUCAGGUGAAGAUUUGGUUCCAAAAUCGGAGAAACAAAUUCAAGCGUCAAGCUCAAAGUGACGAUCCAAACAUCUCGCUUCAGCUUCAUCGCGCCAACAUGUUCACAAUGCAAUCAAACGCUUCCAUUCAGAAUGCAAUUGCUCCUCCAGCGAGCAGCUCUCCUAUCAAUGUACGUCCUGCUCUUCCGGCUCAUCUUGAUGCUUCAGCGGCUGCUCGCUUUCUAUUCAAUUACAGUGCCCUCGCCGCCCAAGCACAGAAUCUCAUCUAA